AUGCCACCCGUUUAUCCAGACGAGACGGAUGAUGGUUCGUCAACGUCUAAUACUGGAGUCUUGAGCGACUCGUCUGGGCCAUCUGCCCAGUCGAUGGCUCAACAGACGACGGCCAAGAGACCGCCAAUUUCACCACGAGAAUAUGUCGAAGCCAUAGUCUUCCAUUCCAAACAAACUAUUCAAGACACGCUUUACCCUGGAGACGUUUUUGAGGACUUAGGUCUCUACCUGAAAAAAGGGGUACAGAGCUUUAGACCACCGAACAACAUCCAAGGGACCUUGCACACCAUCGACAAGGUUGCGGGACGUAGUCUUGAUAUCUACUCCAAUGCCUCGCAAUGUGCCCAAAAGCUAGACGAGGACAAAAAUUCCAGGAGAUGUCAAAUUAUUUUCCUAAACGGAUACCCCUCCCCACAAUGGAUUAGCACAAUUGGCGCUCUCUGUCGCACUGACCCUCAGUACUUCAAUACUCAUCUGCGAUUUCGAUGUCGGAGGGGCUAUUACUCAACUCCCACUUUACGUUCAGGUCUAGAAAACAUCAUAACACUUCGAUUCGUCACCCUAGGAUCGAGAGAAGAUAGAUUUGGCCAGUGUGACCAAGACCAGGUAGACGCAUUGAGGUUGGGUGGGGAGAGGGACAUGGGCAAAUACGAGCAUGAUCUUAUGGUAGGCAAUGGACUUGAAGCCGGAGAUUCCAUAGUCAGAUCGUUCUCAGUUCUAGACGACAAGAAUUUUUUCAUUGAGCAGGAAAUGUCCAUAUGUCUCCAUAAAUACGAGGAGGGCUGGAUAAUAUUGGUAACUAUCGAUGCUGGCAGCGAUCUUUCGAAAGGGCCACAGGGACCAUGGCUGACACAAGAAGAUCGUCAUUCUCCCUCACCAUGGACGAUUUUCGCCCCAACUAUCCAGCAUAACCCUAAGGUCUGGAUGAGAUCCAAUCCAGCAAAACCUGCAACUUCAACCAAGUUCCAGGAAAGGUUUCCACAAAGCGCCCAAUUAUUAGCACAAUAUUGUGGGGAGGCUCUGGACACACAGACAAUGGUUCUUGAUCCGUUUUAUGCGAUCACUGAUCUUUUCCAAUUCUGCGCAUUCUCAGAGAUCCAAUUCAUGAACGUGAUGGAAGCUAAGAUUAAGGAGGACACGGAUCAUAUUUCUCUAAUGAAAAAGAGCCCAACAUUAUCAAAUCUUUUGUAUUGUCAAGAGAUUGUUCAAAAGCACUUGACUCGCCUCCAAGAGACAGUGAGGAUUAUCAAGUGCUCAGGUGGCCCAUUGUGGCCACACGUUGAAAAAGGUCAUCCGCGCCAAUACCAAAAGGCAACUAGAGCCAAAGAUAGAUUGUUGGAGGAUUAUGAGCAGCUGGUUGAGCGAGCAGAAGUUAUCCUCGAGCGCUGCUCAAAGGGGAUGGAUGUCAUCAUGAACAAUGUCAUGCUGGCAGAGUCCAAAAGAGCUAUACUACAAGCGCAAUCAGUUGUAAAGUUGACCUUGAUCGCGUUCUUCUACAUCCCAUUAUCGUUUACGUGUUCGUUUUUCAGUAUGGACAUUGUGGGCUUUGAGCAAGGAAUUAGCCGGAUUUGGCUUUGGUUUGCUGUAUCUGUACCUGUGCUUCUGAUUUCGAUCUCAUUCCUUUUUCUGGAUCGUCAAAAGUUGAAGGCGAUUUGGUUGUCAAUAAAGAGCGUUGGCGUGGACCCGGGGAAAUCAGGUAACUAG